UGACAAUUUUUUGCCGUCUCAGUGCAAUUUCAUACUUCAAAUCACAAUGAGGUUCGUUUUGAUUUUCGCGAUUUGUGCGACAAUUCUCAGAUUCAGAUUUGUUUAUAGUGCUAUAAAUAUUGUAGAGUAUGUGAGAAAACAUAAGCCAACAAAUUGCAGCGAAUCACUAUAUCAAAUAGUUAGCUAUCCGCCUUAUAACUCACGGAAUUUACAAAACCCUGCCACAAUAUCACGAGCCGAAUUCGUAGUUUUAGUAAAAGAAAGCCUGCGAAAUUACAAAACGCCUGUACUAAAAAAAUAUGCACCGUAUACACCUUUGAGAAAGAAGAAUGUUACAACAAUAAAGUCUGACAUAACAUUUACAACUGAGGUAACCACGAAGACGCCCGGCAUUGCUGUGGUAACCACCAAGGAUACGCAAUUUACAGAGGUAUCAACGAUAACCUCAGAAACUACAGAAGUUUCGGAUACAACAUCGGUAGUGGAAACCACAGAGGAAGCUAUCUCUCAGCACACUGAUGUGACUGAGUCAACAACAACAGAAACAUUUCCAACUGAAACCACACUAGACGAUAGGACCACUGAUAGUUGGGCAACAACACAAAAUGAAUUGACCACACCAACAAUGUUUGAGGAUUCUACAACUGAGACGGCCAAUGCAAUUACGGUAAAUAUGAAGGACUGGUUCACGGAGAAUGAUAGUGAGGGGAGCAUUACAACAAAACAAGAUAUUAUUACAACCGAUGCAACUAUUUCGACAACUUCAAGUAUUUAUGGCGAAACGGAAACUGAAUCAACGCCAACUUUGGAGGAUUAUUCAACUGAGGUGGCUGAUGCAUUAACUUUGUAUUUGUUGGUGACAUCCACCCAAAAUCCAAGUGGGGAAACAAUUACAACAAAUGCUUAUGAGAUAACAGCAACUGAAACAAUGCCAACAGAGGAGACUGUCUCCACAGAAGAAACUACCACAGAGAAAGCUAAUGAAUCAACGACAGCUAUGGAAACGACAACCUCCAACUGGAAACGACAAGUUUUAUAACGGUAAGGUCAACAAAUGCGUGGGAUGUCGAAGAU